GCUGAAACUGUGACAACGUCAAAUGAAAACACAGUGUCACCCGCUUUUUCACAGAAAUGAGACAUCAUUUACUGCCAUGCAGCUGUAGCGUUUUCUUAAAGAAAUUCUAAAGCGUAUUUUUUAUUUGUCAGGGUGAAUACAAAUUGAUUUUGAUCAUCAUCAAACUAUUAAACUAUGAAUUGAUUGAAAUGAAAGCCUACGUUACGAGGAAGGAAGACGGAAGGUGUGAUGGAGAAGAGACCGAAACAAGUGAACAUGUGGACUUUAUAUGAAAGAAACAUGCUUUUAAGGCUUUGUGGAUUUUAAUUCCCAUAAGCCCCAUUCUACCAUGCAUAAGAGAUGGAUACGCCGGAGGUUGCCUGUUUUGAUUGUCACCUUCUUCAUCAUUCUCUACGUGGAUUUCCAAUUACGCUCCAGCAGCCUCCCCAAACUCAGCGCGGCUCAGCCUCCGUCACCCGGCGCGCUGCUCCAAAGCUCCAUCCAACAGGCUCCGUCCUCGGCCAACGACGCACAGAGGCCGGCUAGAAACAGCGCCGAGGGAAGAGGGGGGCGCCCUGCCUCUGAUGGUGCACAAGUCAGCCAGCAAAAACUGAAGUUAGAGGACAUCUUCAUCGCUGUGAAGACCACAGGGAGAUUCCACAAGACUCGUCUCUCGCUGCUUUUGGAUACGUGGAUUUCCAGGACCAAGGCGCAUACUUUCAUUUUCACGGACACAGAAGAUGGGGAUUUGCUUUUGGAAGGUUAUAACAUGGUGGUGACAGGCUGCCAGUCAGACCACAGCCAGCAGGCUCUGUCCUGCAAGAUGUCUGCUGAGUACGACGGCUUCAUGGCCUCAGACAAGAGGUGGUUUUGUCACGUGGACGAUGAUAACUACGUGAACCCUGACGCUCUCCUCGCCCUGCUCUCGGCUUUCCCUCAAGAUGGAGAUAUCUAUGUGGGCAAACCAAGCCUGGACAAGCCCAUCACUGCUCAUGAACUGCUGGAGGGCAAUGCAACGAGAGAAGUGCGGUUCUGGUUCGCUACAGGGGGAGCAGGAUUCUGUCUGAGUCGACGGCUGGCUAGGAAGAUGGCGCCGUGGGCCAGUGGCUCACGAUUCGAGGAGACGUCGGCGAAGAUCCGUCUCCCCGACGACUGUACGGUGGGCUUCAUCGUGGAGAAGAGGCUGGGCAUCUCCAUGGUCCACUGUCCUUUAUUCCACUCACACCUGGAGAAUCUGCUGCUCAUCAGCCACAGAGGCAUUCCACAACAGGUGACUCUGAGUUAUGGGAUCUUUGAGAACAAAAUGAACAGCAUCGAGGUGAAAGGGAGCUUCUCAAAGGAGGAAGACCCCUCCAGGUUUAAGACUGUACACUGCAUGCUGUAUCCUUUCACCAGCUGGUGUCCUUGAGCUCGUCAUACAGAGAGACUGCAACAUCCCAAAAAAACACAACACACAUGUGAUCAGACUGGUAAUUUCUGCUGGAGGAAGAGCUUUUUCCUAAGUUUUUUUUACCAAAAGAAAACUAAUAGAUUCAUUUGAGACACAGACAUCAGGACUUGACGAUCACAAAGCGAAGCGAGAGCUUGGACAAUAGAGGAGGCAUGUAACUGGAAAAAAAAAUGGUGUCUAACAAUUUUUAACUGUUAGGCCUUCAUUUCCUGCACAAAGAAGCACAAAGGCGGAAUGACGGCAGUGCUUUGUUACGGCGCUGUUGUGUACUUGCAAGGAAAAAAGAUGUCUGGGUUUCUGUGUGUGAAUUAAGGUUUGGGAUGAUUUAAUCAGAGUUUGAGGUCCUGGUUUUUGAAUUAAUUUCCUCUUUAUGAUGAAAUAUGUAAUGGAAUUUUAUGAAGGGUGUCCUUAAAGACUGCACACAUAAACCAUUGUGAACUCCUUAUCCAAACAUACUGCCCUCCCUCACUCCUUUUUCUCACUUGCUCCCCUUUUCUUACCUCCCAUCUGUUUCUAUUUACUUAAGUCUUGUCCAGAAUCGCUCCUUGGUCCUCCAGUGCCAUGGCUGAAAUUAGAAUUCAUUGCCUCCUCAUCUAUGGGCAUCAGCUGUAUUUGAACAUACAUGUCGAUAUAUUUUACCUAAAACUUCAACAACACAAAGCAUGAAGAAGAUCUGAAUUCAUGCAUUUGACACUUAGCCACCACUGGGGCCUGAAAAACUUGCUCUCACCUGCAGGGAAAUCCUAUCCACUUGGACAAAUCAGGUUCAAAACCAGACUACUAAUCUCACGAUGACUUGCACACAAUCUACAGUUGGCAUAGGAGCCGGAGGCGACGUGCAGGGAGACGAGAGUGUGCUGCCGGCUGCCCGCAGGUUGCUUGUUUGCUGUGAACGGAGAUGUGAUGAAUACAGAUACAAUGCAGAAUGCACGAAGGGCUGACCCUUUGAGAAGUGGAUAGAAAAAAUAUUGAAAAUGUGCAAGAAGAGACUGCGUGGCUCUGAUGUGUCUACACAAGGACACCAGGAUCCAUCAUGUGAGGUAUGCAAGACAAGUGUUUGACUGUGAGCUGUAAGUUAACUGUGAAUGAAAAUCAACUAACUGCUUUGGCCCUCAACUUUUACAUCCAUCUUUUUCAAUGUAUUCCUGCUUAAAUAAAUGUAAAGUAAGAAGAUAAACAGUACACCAUAUGUUUGGCUUUUAUUCAAUAUAUAUUUGAUCUCAAAAUGAGAAAAAAAAUCAUUUUUUUUUAACAUGAUUUGUGCAAAAGUUGUGACUGCAAUGCUUGACAUUUAGAAAAAGUUCCCUUCCAUUAGUCAUUAUAAAAAGUAGUACCAUUGACCAUUUCUCCUUAAUGCUCUCUCUCAAAGCUGAGGCUCGCAAAUGUGCAAUAUAGAAUUUUUUUUUUUAAUUACUUAUUUUUCUGCCACUAGGGUCAGAAAACUGCACAACAAAAUGAUCAAAAACGUAGCGUUUUUAACAUGUUAUAUAUUAUCUGUUUUACACAUUGACAUGAGUUAAGGUUAUUGUUGGGUUGUACAACUUGUAUUACUGAUUCUGCAACCCUUGAGCCAUUGUUGCACCAUCUUUUCUCACCUGCCAGUUUUAUAAACUUUUAAUUAUUAGCCAUGUGUGGGACAGAUGGUGUAGCAUUAUUGGGGCUUGUAUUUCUGGCUGUUUGCCAUGUGAAGGCCUAGAGGUGUACAGGACUCACAGCAUCCAACAGAAGUAAUGAAUCAAGUAACAUGGUUCUACUUUCACUCUGCUGCUUUGUCCCCCUCUUUGACCAAAGUAAGUCUCUAUUACACAAAAAAGACCUUUUCCAAGACAGGAACAGGAAACAAGUAAGAGCAGGACACAGUUUCCAAAAGAGCCAUGCCACAGUCUUUACAACAGUAUUACAUUAAGACAGAGUUAUCAGCUUCUUCUAUUUAUUCUCUAAAGCUGUUGAAGCAAGAGGAGGCCAUCGAUAUCAAUGUUUUAGAACAAACUCUGAUUUGAAAACUAGGAAGGUUCCGGUCUGCUUAGGUGGGUGAAGCAAAACUUACUUUGAGUAGAGUAGAAUGAUAGUAGGUCUUUGUCAGUAUUGGUUUGGGCUGAGCACUUAAGUUUCAUUGUGAAUGUUGUGCUUUGCCUCUGUGCCAUUGCCUGUCAGCACCUGUGUGUCCGAUUGGACUUAAAGCUGUUCGUUUGCACUUACUGUUGUAGUUUCCUCAUUUCUAGAUCCUUGAUUGUGUUGCACUUGAUGUUUGUCGCUUUCUGCUAAAUGAAUUGUACAAUUACGAGGGCUGAUACAAGUAUGAAGGCCUUGGAAUCCAACAGUUGCUCAUACGUUUUAAAGCAUCUUUUGCAGUGGUCAAAACAAAAAAGGUUAUGCUGUCUUUUUCAAAACAGUCCUUGAGUUUUAUGAAAUUAUAUAUGUGUGUAAUAGUGUGUUUAGCAUUUCAGGACCACCUUACUCUUAACUGUAGAUUACAAAUGAAUACCUUUGUAAUUUAAGAAAAAACAAUUCCUGUGAUAAAAACAUCAUGGCAGCAUUGA